AUGGCGGUCAGAGUGGGUCAGAAUGGAGAGACCCGCAGCCAGUCACCCCAUCCCGAUGCCAGGCCCCUGAUGGGAGCUAUGCUGCCCCUGCCACCUUCUAGCUCCACACCUGCCCCCAGAGACCACAGCUGGCCCAGGCUCUUCACCCUGGAUUUCCUCAUCACUGCCAAUGCAUGCUAUCCUGCUGCUAGGGAAAGAGCCCUAAAUCUAGAACUGGGGACCUGGGUGCCGUUCCCUGCUGCCCUGCUGCUGUCAACACCAACUUUGAGAGGUAGACGAUAUCUCGGACAUUGGCUGGCGCAUCCCUCCUCACCUGAACAUCAGUCUUCGUACAACGUCUCUGAUGAGAGAGCUGGGGGCAGCGAAGGUGACCGCUGCUAUGCGUCCUGGAGCUCUCUGGAUCAGGUCUCCCAGUGUCCAGUCCGGGGUUCUUCGGUCAAAGGACUCUAUUACCAAAGGGCCCGGAAAGUCGUCCAUCCAGACCAGUUCCUGACUGUUGAUCUUAAGAGGGAGAUCAUCGUCAACGUUGGUGGAAACAAGUACCUUCUCCCCUGGAGCACACUAGACGAGUUCCCCCUGACUCGCCUGAGCAGGCUGAAAUUCUGCAGGAACCACGAGGAGAUCGCCGAGCUCUGCGACGACUAUGAUGAAGACAGCCAGGAGUUUUUCUUCGACAGGAGCCCCAGUGCUUUCGGGAUGAUCGUCAGCUUUCUGGCAGCCGGGAAACUCGUGCUUUUACGGGAGAUGUGUGCUUUGUCUUUUAAGGAGGAGCUGAGGUACUGGGGGGUCGAGGAGUCCAACCUCGAGAAAUGCUGCUUGAGAAAGCUCCGGCAGAAGCUGGAAGAGCUGGCCGAGGUACAGAAGGAAGAGGAGCUGCACCGGCAGAAGGAGGCCACCGGCAUCUCCACGGACGACACUCGAUGGGGGCUCUUUAUGAGCCACCUUAGGGACAUGGUGGAAAACCCGCAAUCGGGGCUUCCGGGGAAGGUGUUUGCCUGCCUCUCUGUCCUCUUUGUGGCCACGACGGCCAUAAGCCUCUGUGUCAGUACGAUGCCGGACCUAAGGGCUGAAGAAGACAGGGGUGAAUGCUCUCAGAAGUGCUAUUACAUUUUCAUCAUAGAGAGUAUCUGCGUUGCCUGGUUCUCCCUGGAGUUCUGCCUGAGGUUUCUCCAGGCCAGGAACAAGUGCCGAUUCUUCCAGGGCCCCCUGAACAUCAUCGACAUCGUGGCUAUUUCCCCUUACUACGUGUCACUCUUUGUAUCCGACGAUGCCCCAGGAAGGAGGGAGAAGCCCAGCGGCAACACCUACUUGGAGAAGGUGGGCCUGGUGUUACGGAUCCUGAGGGCCUUACGGAUCCUGUACGUCAUGCGCCUUGCCAGGCACUCCCUGGGCCUGCAGACCCUCGGUCUCACCGUGCGCCGGUGCACCCGGGAAUUUGGCCUUCUCCUGCUCUUCCUCUGCGUCGCCGUCACCCUCUUUUCCCCCUUAGUCUACAUGGCCGAGAACGAAUCGGGGAGGGUCCUCGAGUUUACCAGCAUCCCAGCUUCCUACUGGUGGGCUAUCAUCUCCAUGACCACCGUGGGCUACGGGGACAUGGUGCCCCGGAGCGUCCCAGGACAAGUGGUUGCCCUCAGCAGCAUCCUGAGUGGAAUAUUGAUCAUGGCGUUCCCGGCAACGUCCAUCUUUCACACUUUCUCUCAUUCUUAUCUAGAACUGAAAAAGGAACAGGAGAGGCUGCAGGCCCGGCUCAGCCGCAUGCAAAACUCCAAUCCACCCAAGGAGCCUGUCCUGCAGGAAACGGACAACCUGCUCUGAGAAGGAACGUCCUUGCCUAUCAAAUACCUCUGA